AUGAGUAAUCGGCGGAAUGAGGAGAGACUACACGAUUUCCUCGUCAAACUUCCCAAGGCCCAUCGCUGGGCUGUCCACGAGUUUUUCUACAGCGACAUUGACCAUGCCAUUUUCGAAAGUGAAAGCGAAUUCAAGCUCUGCCUCAAAGAAACCUUCCCGCAGCUGCACGGGAAGCGAUUACGAAGGGUUGAAUGGAACAUGAUACGAAAACUGCUCGGAAAGCCGCGACGCUUUUCCACCGCCUUCCUGGAAGAAGAGAGAGAAUCACUCAGGAGCAAACGCGAAAAAAUUAGGAUAUUGCAGCGGAAUGGAACCUUGACGGCGGAUCAGCUGCAAGAUUUGCCGAGGAAUAUACCGCCGAUCCUGCCCGUCGGAACGAGGGUCACGUGCAAGGUCAAUCUUCAGUCAAGAGACGAUCUUUUAGCGACUGGAACGGUCGAAGUCGUUGUCAAUAAUGGCUACAAAAUCCGCUUCGACAGCAACGAGCCUGAACUAUCUCUAUCGGGGGAGCCCUACUUCGUUUCUGAUUUGAACGUGAUGAGCAACGAGCAGCUCAACCCGCUCGUCGUCGAAAAGCCCGACGAAAAGAGUGACCUUGCCGACACGAAGGCCGCAAUGAUGCCGCUCAUCAAUGGAUUAGCCGACCUUCAAGUGCUGUUGGACGAAAAGGAACGUAUUGUAGGCUUACUACAUUUGACGAACAACCAUGCCCAAGCUCAGUUUGCCCUUGGGCAGCAUCUUUCGAUGUCCGAAAAGAAAGAAUACGCACAGAACAUGGUCAGACUUCAACAAGUGAACAGUAGAUUAGAGAAGGUCUUUGGCAUUGUCAAUUCAUCAUCAUCAUCCCUAAAGACCAAAUACCCGACAGAAAUCGAAACUGCCGAGCACGCUUGCGCAAACGCUUACGACUUGGUGCAGCAGCAAAAUAAGAGAUAUCCAAAUGAUCCUAACAAUCCAUUGAAAAGUGAAUCGCUUAUUGUUCACUUGACGGCAAUUCUGGAGGAACUCGGAAAGUCAAACGAGGCUAACAAUGGGCUCAUCCAGGAUCUAAUAGACAGUGCACGACAGACUACAUCGCCUGAAUUAGCAACUCUGUUCGAGCAGGAAGUCGUCCAACAGGUGCACCAUCUCCGAACUGCUCUUUCAACAAACAUUCUCGGAUGUUUUUCAAGUUCCAGAUAA